UGCCCGAGGGUGUUUUGCCCGGUUGCGCUGUGGAUGCACUUGGCCCUGGGGUUUGCCCGUCGCGGUACGGCACCACGGAACCGCUCACCAACGAUUCAGUACCCGUUUGCGCGCGUGAUACGAACCAGAGGCAGCAUCACUCGCACCAGCCCCAGGUUGACAGACGGUUUUCGGCAGUGUGGUCGGUGUCGUCGGGGAUCGUAUGUGUAGGACAUCCUGGUCCUACCUACCAGCGGGCACCGUCACGGCCGGGCGUCCCUUAUCGUGCCGGAGAGUUCCCGUAUGGCCGCAAUCAAACAACAGCCUCGAUCAACGCACAUCCACAAACACACACACCCAGAUCUCAAGAAUCGUCGGCGCCAGGUAUAUUGAAGGUGUUUCGCUAGUGAUGUCCCGGUGCCGUGUGUGGGACAUCUUUCCUGGAGGACUUUUUGCGUGAAGUUUCACAGACCGAAUAGCGUGUGUGCGUGUGCGUGUGUGCAUAGGUGUGGACAUCUAUGAAGAAUGCUCUACACCUGGUGGACGAUGUGAUCCUUCCAAGUGCUGUCCCAGUUUCUUACAUCCUUUCGCCGUCGAAGAAAUUCUGAGAACUCCCUCCUACGAGAGCAAGUGUUUUUUUUCGCAAGUUGACCCGAAAGUGAAAGUGCAAGAGUGAAAGCCCUCCAUUCUGAAGGUCCAACAAAACAAUAAGCCACACAUUGGAGAGCAGCCGAGUAUCGGUGGAAUUAGGUUUUUUUUUUCGGGGAAGCAUCCAGCGAAAAGCCUGGGAAAUUUCAUCUCGCAAGCAGCAUCUCUUCACGCCUUUUUGGGCGGUAACUCUCGGUCUCUCGUUCGCACUCUCGUGCAUUCGCUUCGCGCAUCUUCAAACUUCAGUGUGGUGGAAUUUGUUCAUUGACAUCGUCCACCGUCCCGUUUCAACUUUCGCGUCCGUACCACACCCUUCCGCAAUUCCCUGGCAGAGCGUCCUGGAGCUAUUGAAGAAAACGAUUACUACCGGAUUUGACGCUGUUUUUUUUUUGGGUGUUGUUUUUUGUUGAAGAGAGGUUUUAUAUUACUUUUUGCUAGCAGUCAAAAACAGAAGUACACUUACAUUAGGUGUCAGAAGUUCGGAAUCCUAGGUUCCACGUUCUCUGGGGCGAAGUAGUUGAUGUCCGCUGUUUGCUUACGAAGCCAACGGCAGCAAUAGCUUGAUGUUUGAUACCACACUCAAUAGCAGAUGAAUCGUCGGCACUCAAACACCGGAAGGAUGGCAGGAUAUUGCACUUAGUGAGGCCGUCAGAUAGUGAAGGUGAUGCGAGUUAGGAGGACGGUGAAAAGCAAUUUCUCUACCCAACACCGGGACGAGCCAAGUGCGAAGGAUGUAAGGAUCCGGGAAGAUAUUGCAGGAAACAAGAAGAAAAAAAAAUCAGUACUACACAGACUUCAUAAUUGAUUCAUUUUUCUCCCCAAACAUCCUCGCGUAUUUGCUCAGUGAGCCCCUGCAGUAAGUUGGGUGAGCGCGCGCGUGCAACGUGUGGUCUAGGGCGCGGUAGAAAGUGAGAGUGAACAUCACCCGGUUGUUGCCAAUGUUACGCUAGGCCGUGCAUAUCCCGCCAGUAUUGUGUGUGUGUUCCAGUGGGUUAGAGAGGAUACGUUCCUAACGCGCUCAGCACACUCGACACAGUCCCCUUCCUCAAGAAGCGCAGGAUGGACAGUUCGCCGGACCUGUCGCUAAAGUUGCGACGCGGGUCGAGCGAUUCGCGGGAAUCGUUCUACAUGGACUUUGCCCAGGGCAUCGACUCCGACAUCGAGGACGUCGUUACGAUGACAUCCGGUGGUGCUGGAGGCAUACCAUCGCCAUGCUCGCUACCACCCGCCAGCCUGCCGGAAGUGGUGACUGUGCAGCCCACCAGCACCAACCAAACCAACGUCAUACUGGAGGAGGAAGAUCAUCUGAUCGAGGAGGAGGAAGAGGAGGAGGAGGAGAAGAAGAUGCUGCCAAAGGAAACGGUCGGGAUGGAGGAGCCACCAGCAAGACCGGAAGCGGUGAACAACCUGCCGGAUGAGAGUGGAGUGUACGAGUUGCCACCGAUUUCUUCCUUCCCAUCGCCGCUCCAUACUCCGGCCAGCCUGCUCGUACCAUUGCCCGCGCUGGACAUCGACAUCGAAAGAGAUUCUGUUGGGUUGCCACCACAGCCGAUCAUGCCAUCGCCCUCGGUACCACAGAAUGCUAUCGUGUCGCCGGAAACGUUCAGCACGCAUACCUCUCCAGCACCUUCGCUGCAUCAGCUCCCGAUCGGACGUCCCCUAAGCCCGCCCCAUCCACCACCCUGCCAUGAACCUCUUCCACCACCACCGCCACCACCUCCACUUCAUCCACCACCGGCAGUGUUGACGACCGGGGCGGACUAUCCUUCGCUAUCCUCCGUACAGGAGCUCGGCACAACCGACGGGGACGGUUCGCGCAACGGCUCAUCGUUGGGCAUGCAGAGCAAAACACCGACCCAGCUCGGGUCUUCGUCGACCUCGUCCUCCACAGCGUUUCGCACGCUUCACACACCAACGUCAAGCGGCAAAGCGAUUGGCGCAGUACCGCCGGCAUCAGGCCCGAUGCUCGUACCACUGCCGCUGUCCGGUUCGGGCACGGUGUCCGGUGCGGCUGACUCGGUUCACUCCACACACCGACCGGCCCAUCGACUGUCGCAGCAAUCGCUAGCAACACCGGCCAGCGGUCCGGCUAGUCAGACAACCACCACCACCCAUCAGCACCUGUCCGUGCUGUACCAUUCGCACCAUCACCAUCUCCAUCCGAUCCUGACCACGAACCGGCGCCCAUCAAGACUACCCGAACCGGUGUACUAUCCACCGCCGCGCGAAGUGAAGCCUGGUGAAGCCCUCGCAACCACGUUGUCCGCCCUGUACGGUAAGCUGCUCGUCGUGAUGGGUAUCGCUUUCCCGAUGGCGGAAGUCAUCUCCACCUACAUUCCACCUUCCUUCUACGAGGGCUUCUAUCUAUACCUGUACAUCGGUAGCAUGGUGUUUCUGCUGUUCAUGUACACGACACUGCUCUGGGGCAAACCGAAAAUGCCACCCGUCUCACCGGUGAAGAAGCAAACGAUAGCUAGCACCAAGAAGGUAAUGCACCGCACCAGUACUACCUGCUCGACGGACAGUGGCGAACAGUCGGACAGUGAGGAUGAAACGAUUAGCUCCAGUCCGAAGAUUCCGGUGCAGGCACGCCGUAUGUCACUGUCUGCCGGUGCCGCCUCACGGCUCCAACACUUCGGCAGCUUCUAUUUGCGCAUGGGCGCGGUCGCAUUCGGUAUCGGUAGCAUGAUCUACUCCGGAUUGGAAUUCGGUCAAUACUUUGAGCUGGAGCGCAACACCAAGUGCCACAACGUGCUGCUCGCACUGACGCCGGCCACCCGUAUGGCCUUCAUCUUCAUACAGAUGUAUUUCAUCUUUCUAAACAAUGAGCAAAUCAAGGUGUAUCGGCACAAGAUCGUUGCCCGGUUUGGACUGAUGCAUAUGAUCGGUACCAACCUGUCGGUGUGGUUCUCGGUGUUGAUACAGGAAACGAAGCACGAAAUAUUGACGUUCUACAAUCCGGAGAAUCGUACGCUGCGCAUCUCACAUCGGUUGGGUAACAAGAUGAUGCCACAUCCAGUCGAAACGGUAGCACAUCUACGGGUCGCCCGAGGUCUGAAAGGUCCUCACAACAUCUUCGAAUGCCGACGGUCAAACAUUAUCGGUACGCUCGUGCAGGAUGCAUCACCAUUUCUCUUCCCGUGCACCAUUGAGUACUCUCUGAUCUGUGCCGCCAUCUUGUACGUGAUGUGGCGCAGUAUUAGUAGACCGCAGAACGAACAACCACAGAGACAGGAAAGUUUGCAUCCGAUGAAGCGUUCCCCACAUCACUACUCGGUUGACUGUGCCGGUGCACAUAAGGGAUUGUUUAUCGGGAUACUGAUUCUGGUGCUGACCAUCAUCUCACUCAUCCUGUUCUUCGUGCUGAUAUCGCGUCCCGAGUUUGUUAGUCUCGCCGUUACCGAGGUGAACAUAUGCGAACUUACGCUGUACGGCACGACAACGGCGGCUACGCUUAUCGGGAUGUUUCAGGUGCGCCAUAUGCAGUACGAUGCGUUCCGUAGCUUCAGCCUGGACGAUAUCCUGCUCGUCGGUGGACAGACCGGUUCGUUCCUGUACAGCACCUUCACCGUGAUUGGGGGACACUUUACGAUGCGACGUGAUACGGUGCUGGUGCUAAUUACGGCCCUUGCCUCGCUGGUCGAAACUGCCUGCCAGACAAUGUUCAUACUGGAUGCGAGCCGUCGUUCGGCCGCCACGCAGGAACACAUCCGCAAGAAACCGGGCCGGGAGAUAGUGACCUUUCUGCUGGUGAGCAAUCUGGCGAUGUGGGCCAUCAACACGCUGGAGAAAAGCCGUGCCGAAUCGCACCCGAUACAGCUGCACUUUUACGGGCUGUGGGCGUGGACGAUCAUAACGCACGUGUCGAUGCCGCUCGCGAUCUUCUACCGCUUCCACAGCACGGUCUGCCUGUGCGAGAUCUGGAAACGGGCGUACAAGAUGAAGCCGGCGUACAUGUAGGGUCGUGCGAGUGCUUGGCCCUGUCCGGCACGCGUGUCGAGGAUAUGUGCCAGGCGCACGGACGAACCGCCGGCCGUCGAGGAAACGGUGGCUGGCUGUAGCGGUGUGGCGCAACCGAUCACACCGACAUCCGCUAGCGUACCGCCGCCUCAGGAUUCUGCCUCCAUCGAUCUGAACGCGUAUCUGCGCGUCUAGGGGAUGCAGUGGAGCAAGCACAACUUGAAAAGCACAUCAAAUAUGAGGAUUAGUCGUAUAUGAGGCAGUUUUUUUUUAAACUACUGCUCUUAACGUCAGUUAAGGAGUUUUUUGACAUCACCACAGGUUCGAUUGGAUCUCUCGCCGAUGAAGAAAUAAGGGUCCAGAUUGUGCGUGAUGCUGAUGGAAGUUAUUCGACAAACGGCCCACCGACGAUUCUUCCAAUCUUUUAUACUACACACGUACUACGUGACCUGCGAAUGGCAUGUAACGCAGAUGCCGGUGUGCAUCAAUCCUGAGACCAUGGUUUUAUUGGAACGAAAUACGCGACGGGAACACAACCGGGAUAGAGGUGGUUUUUUUAUAGCAACGGUAGUCGAUUUUUUAGAUACAUUUUGUUCACAGCCAACGGGUGCGCAAUUUUUGGAAGGAAACUUUUUUAUAUGCAUAUAUGUGUAUCGAAUUGUAGUAGUUAGGGUUAGGUCUGGGGUACACGCUCGUACACGUAUUACACGAGUGUGGUCACCGUAACGCAAGCAGUGUGUGUGUGUGUGACGUCCAGUAAAUGAAAUCGGUAAGCGUCCAACAGUGUUGCUAAUCUCAUACUAUCUGCGUACAGGUGUGUAGCUGUUAACGGGGUGGAGACACCAAAGGAUAUACUCAAAACUCAUACUCUGAUAAAGAAAAUCAAAUGUCAAAACCGUCUAUACCGUCUAUAUAAAUGUUCGGUGCCAAACAAUUUUGUCCAACAAGCAAAACAAACUCAAACUCAGUGUCAAAGCAAAUCAAAAGCAAAAACCAACGUAACAAUUAAUCAACUAUAGAUAGCGGAUGGAUGGACGAGUACUCCGUAAUGGUCACUACUACUAUAACUUCCUGCCAGUAAGCGAUGUUUUAUAAGGGUGAUUUUUAAUGGUAGUCGAAGAAGUGGAAACUGUUUUAAUCGUUUAUUUAUACAGACAUAGUAGGAAAAUGGUGCCACCAGCUGGGGACAGUAUUACUGAUCUGGUCCGAACAUGGCGGAGACAAACUUUUGAAGAUUUUUGACUUGCGUAGUAGCUUCCUCUAGUAGCAUCCAACCUCACCAUCGUCAUCUACGUUAAGUAAUUUCAUUGAUGGAUCACGCACGCAUUCGCCAAAAACACACAAACAUACACCCAACGAGCACGAUCGAUCGAUUAGUUUGCGUGUGUGUGCUAAGUAGGUUAAGAAUAUCGGAAAUACCGACCGCUGCGGAUGGUACCGUGGUACGAAGAAGCGUGAUAAGUUAGCGUUUCAGAAGCUAAACGUUGCUGUGUGUCGCAUUGUGUUAGUUUUUCUCUCGUCUGUUGCUUUUCGCGUGCCAAGAGGCAAAAGUCACGCCAACCAAACAUAGCAAGCAAAACAUCAAACACGGCGUAAAAGGCACAUGUGCGUGUCUCGGGACCGGGAAAAUGCGGAAAUUCUUCCGUGCUGAGAUCAUCGCACCAGACGGGUCUCGGCGUGUUUGGCCAUCGUUGUCACUUUCAUUUUCGUCGAAGUCACGUGCUCUGUGCUCGGCUUUUUGUUGUUGAGGGAAACCGUUUGCUCACUGCAUCAUAGUUAAGGUGCAGGUUGAUAUUAUGACUAGUUGAAGUAGACGGAUAAGAACAAACAAACGCUUAUUUAUAUACGUAGAGCAUUCUGAUCCUGAUGGUACAUUCGCUUCCCAUCUGCAUGUCAAAAACAAAACCAAACCAGAAAAGCACAUACCUACUAUGUACACGCCACUCCUAUUAACCCUUAACCGCUAUCAAUCGUUGUCUUUUCUUGCCAAUGCAAACAACCCCGGUACUGUGUGGGCAACAUUUUCGUGUCUCCUUUUGUGUGCAUUAUCGGGCGCUUUCCUAUGGCGGGCGACGAUCGUAUCUAGCCAUACUCUCAAACUCAUUGCUAAUCUUAUAACUGUCAAACGCUCACUAUAGGCGACAUACACGUACCGACACCAAACAAACAAACACCAGGCACACACACACAUGACUCUCGUUUAGUAGCUUAAGACUAAAGAACGUGAAGGGGGUCGGGGGGAAAACACGAUGCUGUUAAAGUGGUUUUUGAAUUCCGUUUAAAUUCUUGAAAAAUUUAUUAUCCUCCUCUCGCUUAUAGAUGAAAGAAAAAAUCGAAACAAAAAAGAAAAAGCCAAUGCAAGAAAUGACAAUUAAAAACAACGGAAAUGAAGGUGAGAUAAAAAUUUAAUUGGAAGAAGGAUAGAGAGAGAGAGAGAGAGAGAGAGAGAGAGAGAGAGAACUGUUCCAUUUGGUUGCUGUGUCGAUCAGUUAGAACAACAACAAAAAGGCAACAAUCGAUUAACUUGUUUGUUACAUUUUACAGCCAUAUACGUUGUGCGUUCGGGGAAUGAAAAGGGGAAAAAGAAAAGCCAACAACAAAAAAAAAAAAAGGGAUGCGAAACAUUUGUGCUAAUUUGUGCCAUUAAUUCUGCCAUGUUUGUUUUUGGAUUUUGUAUCAUUCUUGACACAUUCGGAAAUCGGAACUCGCGUUCCGAGGGAAAACGGCGAAACAUUCGGUACAGUGUUUCCGGCAAAUGCAAACAAAACAUAUAUAAGUAUAGAUAUAGGUCUUCAAACCGAUAGAAUCCAGUCGGGUGUUCAGGCUUCGAUGUUCUUUUUAUAUAUGUAUACUAUGCGUAUGUUACUGGGAUACUUUUUAACACGAAAACACGAACAGCCAUGUUCCGGUAGAGAAUAUUAUCGAAUAAAAACAAAACAAACAACAAAUCAAAACGAAACUCAAUAAAAGUCUACACAAACUCUACGACGGCCAUUUUCGGGAUUUUGCAAAAAAUAAACCGAGACAGAAAACUUAUCGUACUAA